UCAGACUUACCAUGUGAUUUCACAUGUUGAUUCUAACCUAGCAUUAGUUACACGAAAAUCAUCAGAUUCACAGUAUCUAGUUUUAUACAGUAUCUAGUAAUUAUACAUUUUUUUAAUGAAUGAUUAAAAAUGUAUAUUCGUAAGCUGUGAUACAUUUUGUUUGACAAUUAUAAAAGAAAGAUGUGUUCGAUAAACGAUUGCAAUUUUGACGGCAACGAUGAUAAAGUACUUAAAAACACGAAAGAUUUAUCAACAGAUGCAAUAAUAUGCAGAAAAUGCAAGUGUAAAAACGUUGAUGUUUUAUUAGUCGGUCAAAGUGGUUAUUGCAAUGUCUGUUUCUUGAAUGUUAUAAAUCACAAGUUUCGAGCCGCGCUUGGCAAAUCUAAGAUUAUCCGUCAUGGUGAUUCAAUAUUGGUCGAUCACUCAGGGGAAUUAAAUUCUACAGUGCUUUUACAUCUCAUUAAAGCUGGCAUGAGUGAAUCUACUCACAAGAAACUCAUCUUUAAAACAACAGUUCUAUAUAUACAUGAUGAUAUUAUGACGAAGAAAACGCAUGAAGAAAGAGUUUUACUUGAAUGUAAAAUUGCUAAGGAAGUAAAAGAUCUUGGAUUUAAUGGUUAUGCUGUCUCAAUCAGUCAAGUUUUAAAUAAGGAAGAUGCUUUGGAUGUAAGACCAAUAGAUCAAGAAAUAAACAAUGAGAAUGAUAGUCAGUUACAAUUGAUAUUGACCAAUUUAUUGGAUGAUACAUCAAGAAUGGAUUUAGUCGAUCAAUUGCGUCGAAAAUUACUUCUGUCAGCAGCUCGAAUACUUAAUUGUAACAAGAUAUUUGUAGCUGAUUCCGCUAUAGAUAUUGCUACAAAGGUACUUGGAGAUAUUUGUUUGGGACGUGGUGCACAGCUUUCUACUCAAGCAAACUUCUGUGACGCUAGAUGUGAAGAUAUUAAGAUACUCAAGCCAAUGAGAGACUUCACACAACAGGAAUUGAUAUAUUAUUCGGAGUAUCAUAAGAUAAAUUUUGUUAAGUUAAAGGAACCUAAUAUGAGUACGGUAACUUCUAUACAGGCAUUAGCACACAAUUUCACGAUGGGAUUGGAAUCUCAAUUUUCUGGUACAGUAUCUACUGUGUUUCGUACAGCUGAUAAAAUAAGCUCAAAAGGUGACAUGCAGCAAAAUAUAGAAGAUAAUUGUGUUCUGUGCGACACAAGAUUGGAUUUUACAUCCUCUGAUGAUAAAGUGACUGCCAUAAGGGCAAUUGAAGUUUCUAGGCUAGUAUCCUCCAAACAUAUUGAUGCAAAGGCUCCUCUUGGUAAUGAAGAAAACGGAAAAUCAAAUUGCUUCGAUUCGCGACCAAACAAUGAAUGCUGCAAUGGCAAUACCAAGUGUGAAUGUAGGGAUAGCAAAAAGAAACAAGUGACCAUGAAAGAUGUUUGGAGAUAUCUUUGUUAUAGCUGCAGAUUAAUAUUUCGAAACUCGGAGCUUUCAAGUACCUUGCCAUCAUCGUUAUUGUUUGCCGUCCAACAAAGAGUAGCUUUAAAAAAUAUGAGAGAGGAAAUAAAUGACUUUCUAUUAUAAAUAAGUAGAAAAUGUUUUUACUUCCUGGUGCAUAAAGUGAUGAAAUGA